AUGCGCUUCGGAACUCCCAUCACAGCAGCAGCCUUGAUUUUAGCAACUGUUACCGCUCAUGGUAGCCAUGAUGUUGUCGAAGAGAUUCGCGAACGUCGUGACUUCCUCGGAAGCCAGAAGCGUACCAGUCUGAGUCACUGCACCGAGCUACUCAAAGCACGAGGGCUGGAUCAGCGAAACAUCCAGCGUCGAGCUGCUACCGUGUCUGAGGCUCGAUCGAAAAGGAGUUUGACAAGGCGUGCCAAGGCAGAUGUGCUGAGCAUCAGCCACAACAAGACCUCCUACGGUUAUUCAGAGAACACCGACGCUGGGACGCUAUUCGCAGACUACAAGUCUUGUCUAUUGACGCCCCAAGUAACCCAAGGCCCGUACUACGUCGCCGAUGAAUACGUCCGGCGCAACAUAAGCGGGGACCAAGAAGGCGUCCCCAUCGUCCUCGACAUGCAAGUCGUUGACAUCAACACCUGCGAGCCCAUGACCGACACCUACCUCGAGAUCUGGCACGCCAACUCCACCGGCGUCUACUCCGGCGUCGCCGUCCAAGGUAAUGGCAACGGCGAGGACGACCUGACCAACCUCAACAAGACAUGGGGCCGCGGCAUCCAGAAGACCGACGCAGAUGGCGUGGCGCAGUUCGAGUCCAUCUUCCCCGGCCACUACACCGGCAGAGCGAUCCACAUCCAUACUGUCGUGCAAAAGAACGCCACUCUGUAUGAAAAUAGUACUCUGGGAGCUACGACGAUUACGUCGCACAUUGGGCAGGUCUUCUUCGAGCAGGAUCUUAUCAGCUUGGUUGAAGCUACGUAUCCGUAUACUACGAACGAGCAAGCUCUCACGACGAACGCUGAUGACGAUAUCAUGACCACCGAGACUGAGACGGACGGCGUGGAUCCUGUUGCGGAAUAUGUUAUGCUGGGCGACAGUGUUGAGGAUGGUAUCUUCGCUUGGAUUGCGUUUGGAGUGAAUUCCACCUUCACCAAGGUGAUGGAUCCCGUCGUUUACCUGACUGAGGACGGCGGCGUGAACAACCCCAACUGGGAUGAGGACGAUGGUCGUCCGUAA